UCACACACGAAAUCCCCCGGUCACGCGGCGCGCGCUCCCGCUCGGCUCUGAAUGGGGACCCGGUCCAGCCCGUGACAGCAGCUCCCGUGGUGUAGUAUCAGCGCAGACGCCGCGGUCCACGCAUCCACUCCAGUCCGCUGCCUCCACAGCACACCGGUACUCCACGGCGCGGCUCGUCCGGAAUGAGAAAUGAUGGCCAGCUCUGCAGCAGAGGAGAAAACCUUCCGCCGGUUCCUGGAGCUCUUCCUUCGGGAGAUGAGGACGCCGCUGCAGGAGAGCGACCCGGUGCCCACGCGCCCUUUGUCGGACCUGGUGACUGAGGACGAGGUGGAGGGGGAAUGUCUCGACCUGUGUCUCCAGCAUCUCUACAAAUAUAACUGCCCGUGCUCCCUGGCUGCAGCACUGGCCAGAGCCACAGCAGACAGCCUCCUGCAGACCGACCUCUCUGUCCACCACCUCAGUAAGACUGUGGAAGAUGGAGCUGACCCACUGCCACAGAUGGAGUCGGUGAAGCUGGCCCGCCUGGUGUUUAACAGACUCUUCGACAUGUGCUGCCUCUGGCUCAAAGAGCUGCCCUUCCGCCGCCGCCCGAUGCCGUACUACGAGACGUCCAUCCACGCCAUCAAGAACAUGAGGCGCAAGAUGGAGGACAGACACGUCAUCAUUCCCGACUUCAACUCGCUCUUCAAUAUCCAGGAUCAGGAAGAACAGGCUUUCUUUGCCGUGUUCGAUGGCCACGGCGGUGUGGACGCCGCCAUCUACGCCGCCAAUCACCUGCACGUGAACUUAGUUCACGAGGAAUCGUUCAGCCAGGACCCGAGCGAGGCUCUGUGCAGAGCCUUCAAAGUCACAGACGAGCGCUUCGUGAAGAAGGCAAGGCGAGAGAACCUGCGUUGUGGCACGACGGGCGUGGUGACAUUCCUGCGCGGCCAGACGCUGCACGUGGCCUGGCUGGGAGACUCUCAGGUCAUCCUGGUCAGGAGAGGACAGGUGGUGGAGCUGAUGAAACCACACAAACCAGACAGAGAGGACGAGAAGCAGAGGAUCGAGGCUCUGGGAGGUUGUGUGAUCUGGUUUGGCACAUGGAGGGUUAACGGCAGUCUGUCUGUGUCCAGAGCGAUAGGAGACUCAGAGCACAAACCCUACAUCUGUGGUGACGCUGACCGCUGCGACGUCUCACUGGACGGUACAGAAGACUACCUGAUCCUGGCCUGUGAUGGAUUCUGGGACACGGUGAGUCCAGACGAGGCCUUGCGUGUGGUCAGCGACCAUCUGCUGGAGAACACUGGAGACACGACCAUGGUCGCUCACAAGCUCGUGGCCUCUGCUCGCGACGCAGGCUCCAGCGAUAACAUCACAGUCGUGGUCGUCUUCUUGCGGGACCCGCGCUCCCCGCCGCCCACCAGCACCGAGGACGAGGAGGAGGGCGCUGCCGAGGAGGAGGUGGAGGAAGAGGACAUGGCCGAGGUGGAGGAGGAGGAACAGGAAGAGGAGGAGGAGGAAGAAGAGGGAGUCAGGGUGGAGCGAGAAGGAGGCCAAGGAGGCACUGCAGACUUCGGGGGAAAGGGUCGCGGAGGUUGGCCCCUGCAGCAGUGCUCAGCGCCCGCCGACCUCGGCUAUGAAGACCGGACAGACUCCUUCACAGACAGAACCAGCCUCAGUCUGCUGGGGCCGUCACUCGAGGGCCGCAUCUCCUUGACGUCGGGCUCACGGCCGCCGCGCUCCAACUUUAGACCCCAACUCCUCACGGCCUCCCACAUCCACGGAGACGCACGCCCGGCGAGGCGCGUUCCCCAUGUUCUGUUUCAGGAGCCUAGCAUCGCUGGCUUAACGGACCCACUCUGGUCCCAGACAGCUCUGCUUCUGGGCCAAGCAGUGAGGCGGAGCUGCAGGCUAGACCACGACAGACGCCACUGGGGCCGGAGGCGGCCACGCAGAUCCAGGGAGAUGUUAGGCCUCUUACCGUCCGGUUACUCGCAGACCAUCGUGCAGAGCCACUCCGACAACGACAGGCCUGGAGUGGCCGUGCCUCAUCUGCUCCAUGACGCCAUCUGAAGAGGAGACCCAAACCAAACCAGAUCCUUCAUUCAUUCAGUCCUGCCCCCUCCCCCCCCGCGUCUGCCUUUAACAACAGGUCUUUCUUUGACAGUAGUUGUUUGUGGCUCCUGCAGUUGUCAUGUGGUUAUCGAGUGGUGCUCUCUCUCUGUCCUCAGCCAACACGUCUCCAAAGGUCUGUCAGUCCUGCUGGAGGUGAAACUGUGACACUGAUCAGUCCAAACUAGAAUAUGUGACAGGAACACAAGAGGAAAAAUGUCACUACACGAGCUGCCAGAGUUUCAGAGCGAGACGGGAAGCGAAAACCUCAGGAGUGCAUGAAACCGUUCUCUUGAUUUCACGUUAAAGUUUCAUGUCGUGACUUUUGACAGAGAGAAAUCCCCACCACUGAUUGGAUAAUAUACACUAUAGAUAUAUAUAUAUACAUAGAUAUAUAUAUAUAUACAUACAUAGAUAUAUACAUCACUGCCCUGAUGUGUUUGCCAAAUGACCCAGAAAUAUUGGCCGGGCCGGUGAAUCCAUGGCCGUGCUCGACUUUAGCUGUCGUCACAACGUUAAACAACACUCGUGCACGGACACUGAGGAGCACCAGCUUAAAAACACAAAUAAGAUGAAAGCAAAAUUAAUCAAGAAAAAAACAGUA